ACCGGGAAGGGCCCGGGAUGCCCUCCGGGAUAGCUCCGGGAUGCGGGAGGGGCUGUCCCUGUCCCCCGCGCUGCCACCCCCGGUCCCGCCCCGGCCCUGCCCGCCCCGCCCAGGGGCGGCCCCGGGGCACCGGCAGCGAGCGAGCGGCACCGGCAGCGGCCGGAGAACAAUAGCGGCGUGCAGAACAAUGGGGCGGCCGCGCUCCCCCGCCUAGGGAUGCGGGCCGGACGCGGGGCGCGGAUCCGGGCCCGGGAGUAGCGCAGGAACCGCGGGCGGCAGCGCAGGAUCCGCGGCACCGGCCCAGCCCCCCCAUGCCCACACGGCCCCGCCAUGGAGCCGGGAGCGGCCGCGGUGCCCUGCGGGAAGGACAGGCUCAUCUCCAGGAAUGAGCUGCUGCUGCACCUCAAGACCUACAACAUCUACUACGAGGGGCAGAACCUGCAGCUGCGGCACCGGGAGGAGGAAGGGGAGCUGAUCGUGGAGGGGCUGCUGAACAUCUCGUGGGGGCUGCGCCGCCCCAUCCGCCUGCAGAUGCAGGACGACAACCAGCGCAUCCGCCCGCCGCCCUCCUCCUCCUCCUGGCACUCGGGCUGCAACCUGGGCGCCCACGGGUCCGUGCUGAAGCCCAGCACCCUGCCGGACAUCCAGGUGACAGACGGGGACAGCGGCCGGGCCACGGAGAAUCCCGGGAACGGCACGGCCCCCCGGGCGGACGAGGCCCCGCAGCUGCUGCGCACCCGCAGCGACGUCGGCGUGCGGCCCCGCGGCAGCGCCCGCACGCCCGGCGAGCAGCGGCGCCUGCGGCGGCACCGCUUCUCCAUCAACGGGCACUUCUACAACCACAAGACCGCGGUGUUCACGCCCGCCUACGGCUCCGUCACCAACGUGCGCAUCAACAGCACCAUGACCACGCCGCAGGUGCUCAAACUGCUGCUCAGCAAGUUCAAGAUCGAGAACUCCGCAGAGGAGUUUGCUCUGUACAUGGUGCACACGAGCGGAGAGAAGCAGCGGCUGCGCGGCAGCGAUUUCCCGCUGCUGGCCCGCGUGCUGCAGGGCCCCUGCGAGCAGGUGGCCAAGGUGUUCCUCAUGGACAAGGACCAGGUGGAGGAGGUCACCUACGACGUGGCCCAGUACAUCAAAUUCGAGAUGCCCACCCUCAGGAGCUUCAUCCAGAAGCUCGAGGAGGAGGAGGACCGGGAGGUGAAGAAGCUGAAGCACAAGUACUCCACCCUGCGGCUGAUGAUCGAGCAGAGGCUGGAGGAGAUUUCCGAGGGCCCCACGGCCAUGUGAGCGUCCCUGGGACGUGCUGCACCAAACCCCCACCCCAAAACCGCUCCCGGUGUCCCCCUGGCUGCCCCCGGCCCAGCCCCCUCCCCAGGAAUCCUGGGGGUUCUUCCAGCAAGGCUCUGGCUGGCAGCAGCACCAGCAAAAACCUCGAAUCCCUGGAAAACACAGGGAAAAAAAUACAAAAAAUGAGAAAAAAGAGGAAAUCAGUGAGCAGCUGCCAGAAUUGCGGAGCUGGAAUUCUGGGGGGCUCGGGUUGGGAAUGCCCGAGGUGGCUCCCAGGGAAGGUUCUGCUGCUCGGCAGCGAGAGAGCACAAAAAAUCCUUUUUUUAAUAGAAAAAAGCACAUUCCUGCCCUGUCACCGCAAUAAUUCCCCGGUGUCGGGAGGAUUUUAUAAAUCCAAAGGGUCGGCUGAGAUUUUGGGGGGUUUACCCCGACCUGGGGGCUCGUGGAGGCAUUUCCAGCCCAGCAGAAAAUCCCAUUUUCCCCAGCCCCGCUGUCAUUUGCACUAAUAUUUAGGGAUUUUGAAGCAAACCACGAUGUCAAACCUCUCUGGGAGCUGAAAAUGCCAAAUAGCACUCGCCGAGAGGGGCAGAGGCACAAAUGAAGAGGAAUUUGUUUUCCAAAUCCAUUCCCCAGGGAAUUAUCCUGGUGAGAGCAGGAAAAAUCCUCUUUCCUCCCAGGCUAAACCAGCAAUACCCAUUUUAUACCUCGAUGUGAACUAAACCUCUGACUUCCUCCCCCUUCCCCUCGAGUUUUUGCAAUGCAUCUUUGUAAAAAAAAAUUUUUUUUAAUUAUUAAUUUUAAUUUUAAUGGUACCUUUUCCACCUUUGGCUCACGUUGGGGGAAAGUGUUGUACAGCGAGAGGAGCUUUUGGUGUGUUUGAAGGAUGAUUGUGGCACUGCUGCGUGGAUUAACAAGGAAAGAAAAUACAAUAAAAUAAAAUAAAAUAUGUAGCAUUCAUGCAGAAUGAAA